AUGGUACCUAUUUGCGUGUUGGGAGGGCGUGGCGCGGAAUCUGGCGCCGCGGUUUGCAAGCUCGCCGCUGUGGAUGAGGUGCUGCGAUUCAAGAAGAAUGUGGCGAUCUGGGUGGGAUAUGUGGGAACGGAUUACAAAGGCUUGCAGAUCCAGCGAGGAGUCGCCGGUAUCCAUUCUGUUGAAAACGAGCUCGAAGAAGCAAUAUACAAAGCUGGGGGGAUUUCCGAGGAAAAUUACAGACACCUUGACAAAGUCAGGUGGAAGAGAAGCAGCAGGACAGACAAAGGCGUCCAUUCUUUAUGCACUGUGGUCACCAUGAAGCUCGAGGUUGCUGUGAAUUCGUGGCUGAAUGACGUUGACGGCAUUAAGAUUGCCGACGCUUUCAAUGCCUACCUCCCGGCGAACAUAUCAAUAUUUGGAGUUGUUCCUGUUACCAAAUCGUUUGAUGCCAGAAGGUCCUGCUACUCCAGAACAUAUGAUUACUACUUUCCUGCUGCCUGCAUUGGCAUAAAUAACGAGUCAUCCAGUGAAGAUGUCGACCAGCGGAUUCAGGAUUUUAGGCGUACCUUGAAAUCUCUAGAGGCACGCGUUUCACAAUUACACUGUCAGGCGCCUCUACAGAAAAUCCCAGAGGCGAGGGACAUAUUCUCCGUCUAGAAACUUAAUUGCCGACGAAGAAUCAUCAGAAGACGAGGAACCUUCUUUCAAGGAUACACACGACGAGCAGGACAACCCAGCUGCUGACAUAGGAGAGGAACGGGGUGCGGGUCGACGGGCUUACUGGCUAGAUGAAUCGGAAGAAGGCAAAGAUCCUGUAAAAGCCUCGCAUUUCAGAAACGUUGCGAAAUGCACUUGCGAAGGACCUGAAAAGCUCAAUUGUCCUUCGUCGGUUGUACGUAUAAGAGUUACAGGCGAAUCAUUCAUGGUCCACCAGAUUCGGAAAAUGGUCGGGACUGCCAUUGCUGUCUUUCGACAUGUCCUGCCAGAGGACGCCAUUCCAGUUUCUACGUGCCGGCAUGCAAGAGUUGUGUUACCGCUUGCACCACCACACGGGCUCGUACUGUCCGGUAACUCCUUUUUCCCGUUCAGAGGAGGUUACACUCGUGCUAAGGGGGGAACUGGCGGAUAUUUCUUCUCCAAACUGGGAAUACAGGUGUCAAGCCAAAUCGCAGAGCGGAUGAACUCGUUCUGGCUUGAGAAGCUAGCUCCGGUGAUCUCUUCAUCUAUGAACGAAGAGGAGGCACCUUGGUCUCAGUGGCUAGAGUCACUGGAACUCAACCGGAUUGAUGACUUGGAGUUUGCAAACUUACGGGAUGCUUGGAA